GAACGGCUUUGGAUUUUCCGACUCGGCCGUUUCGGACACGGCGACAAGACGCACACAUCUACGGUCAACAUCGCCAUUGUUCGUUGGCGGCUACACGGCCAUCGCCCGGGUGAAUGGGAGCAGGGCAACGAGCCCAAGGAAGCUAGAGUGGUUGGCCGCGGAGAUUCGGCGAGCGUUCCGUGUUCCGUUCGAGACAUCGAUCCCAGUCGGAUCUCGCCCGUCGCCUGCCACUGUCCCCCGUCGGCAGUUGCUUCGCUUCGCAGCGCACGUCACCUCACCACCUCGCCGUCGCCUCCUCCCGCCGCUGCGACCAUGUUUCGCACUUCAGCACGCCAGCUGGCGCGCUGCUCAAGGCUCCCUCUAACUCCAAGAAUAUUAGCACGGCCCGCCCUCCGCGCCGUCCGCUACCCGCAGAGCACGCCCGCUGCAGCAGCACUCGCGCGCCCACGAUUUCAGUCUACCAAUUCGCCGAGACCCGAGGACGAAAACGACAGUAGGAAUCAGGCUCCAAGGCAACCGGAUGGUGGCGACGACGGGAGCAAGGCGGCGGCGCCCAAGGGCCGGGAGCCACCGCCGGGCUGGGUCCGCCUGAACGACGAGGAAUAUGAGGAUCUCAUGUCCUUCUUAAAGGUCCUGCCGCCACACCAAAGGGCUGAAAUGGAAGAGAUAUUUAAGGAAGUGAAGGAAAUUGGCGUCCCGGUCGAGCUCAGGGAUAUCCUGCGCUCCAAGUUGGACGGGAAGCUCAGCAUGAAGCACGCUCUGAAGAUACCCGGGAUAGCCUUCAAGAUGGCGUCGGAACUAAGCACCCCUACCGAAUUCCGGCAGGACAAGACGCCGGACUUCACUUCAAACCGGCCGGGCGAGCAGAAGCACACCGGCUCCAGUUCAAAGAAGGGGCAGGGAGCCGAAGGGGAGCAAGGACGGCCGCGGCCGCAGCCGCAGCAGCAAAAGCAACAGCAACAGCAGCACCAGCACCAACAGCAGUACCAGUCGGGCCAGAGAGGGCAGAACAAGCAGAAGGGAACCCCGCCGCCACCCCGGCGUUUUGAUCCGGCCGAUUUUUGGACCUGGUUUGUCGCCGCUAUCCUGGCCUACCCCUUCUACUCCAUGUUCUUCUCCGCCGAGAGCGCUCGCGAAAUUACCUGGCAGGAGCUGCGCACGAAGUUUCUGGAUAAGGGCCUAGUCCAGAAGCUUAUUGUCGACAAGGACCGGGUCCGGGUCGAGCUCAACCGUGAUGCCGUUCGGAGCAUUUAUCCCGAUUCCCAAGCGGUUGGGACCAACUACUAUUUCUCGAUCGGUUCUAUCGACGCCUUUGAGAGGAGACUAGACGAGGCACAGCAGGAGCUCGGGAUUCCGCCCUCGCAGAGGAUACCGGUUAGCUAUGCCCGCGAGGGCAUCGCCACCAAUCUGCUGAUGGCAUUCGGACCGACCAUCUUGCUGGUCGGUCUGCUUCUCUGGGUCUCGCGUAGGGCCAGCGGCAUAGGUGCCGGUUCGAGCGGCAUGUUUGGUUUCGGAAAGAGCAAGGCCAAGAUGUUCAACCACGACUCGGCCGUCAAGGUCAAGUUUUCCGACGUGGCCGGCAUGGACGAGGCCAAGACCGAGAUCAUGGAGUUCGUCAGCUUCCUCAGGACGCCCGAGCGCUUCCAAAGGUUAGGCGCCAAGAUACCCCGCGGUGCCAUCCUCUCCGGCCCGCCCGGUACCGGUAAGACGCUGCUCGCCAAGGCGACGGCCGGCGAGUCCCAGGUGCCCUUCUUCAGCGUCAGCGGCUCCGAGUUUGUCGAGAUGUUCGUCGGUGUCGGCGCGUCUCGCGUCCGGGAUCUCUUUGCCACUGCGCGUAAGAACGCCCCGUGCAUCAUCUUCAUCGACGAGAUCGACGCAAUCGGCAAGUCUCGUUCCGAGGGUGGUGGUUUCCGCGGCGGUGGCAAUGAUGAGCGGGAGGCUACUCUCAACCAGAUCCUGACGGAGAUGGACGGGUUCAACACUUCUGAGCAGGUGGUGGUGCUUGCCGGCACCAACAGGCCCGACAUUCUGGACCAGGCUCUGAUGCGGCCCGGCCGGUUCGACAGGCACAUCCACAUCGACAGGCCGACCAUGAAGGGCCGACAGGACAUCUUCAAGGUGCACCUGCAGAAGAUCCUGACAAAGGAGGACAUGGAAUACCUGACGGGUCGACUCGCUGCUCUGACGCCCGGCUUCGCCGGCGCUGACAUCGCCAACGCGGUUAACGAAGCCGCGCUCAUUGCUGCCAGAGCCAACGCGUCCAGCGUUGAGAUGAUUCACUUUGAGCAGGCGAUCGAGCGCGUAAUCGGUGGCCUCGAGCGCAAGUCGCUGGUGCUCAGCCCCGAGGAGAAGCGGACGGUCGCGUACCACGAGGCCGGGCACGCCAUCUGCGGCUGGUUCUUCCGGUGGGCGGACCCGCUGCUGAAGGUGUCCAUCAUCCCGCGCGGGCAGGGGGCGCUCGGGUACGCGCAGUACCUACCGUCGAGCGACGCUUACCUGAUGACGACCAACCAGCUGAUGGACCGCAUGGCCAUGACGCUGGGCGGGCGCGUGUCGGAGGAGCUGCACUUCCCGACCGUCACGACGGGCGCGAGCGACGACUUCAAGAAGGUCACGCGCAUGGCCACGACCAUGGUGACGCAGUGGGGCAUGUCGGAGAAGCUGGGCCCGCUGCACUUUGAGAACGACCAGAACCAGCUGCACAAGCCGUUCGCCGAGUCGACGGCGCAGGCCAUCGACGCCGAGGUGCGCCGCAUCGUCGACGAGGCGUACAAGCAGUGCAAGGACCUGCUGAUCUCCAAGAAGAAGGAGAUCGGCCUCGUUGCCGAGGAGCUGCUGCGGAAGGAGGUGCUGACCCGCGACGACCUCGUGCGGCUGCUGGGCCCCCGCCAGUGGCCCGAGAAGGAGGAGUUCUCCAAGUUCUUUGACGGCCGGAACGGGCAGAAGAGCGCGCCGCCGCCGUUCCCGACCGAGAACACCGACUCGCCGAACGAGCCGCAACCGGCGUUGUUUGAGGAGAAGCCCGAGGCCGAGAGGUGAAAAAGGGGAUCAGGUGGGGGGUAGGAGGCCGAGUGCAAGGAUACGGGGAACGGGACGGCCAAAAUUGUGGCGGAAGGGGAAAGGGGGUGUCGUGCUUGC